ACCGCUGGUUUUAGCAAUAUUUAUGUUCCUACUCGUAGGCACUGUAUUCGAAAAGAAGAUUGAAACGUACCUAAGGAAUAUUGUCCGACAUCCUUCUGUACUAGCGCCCGAAGAAAUUGACUAUGUCGAAGACGGUUCCAGUACUUCUCCUUUAAAAAAUUCACCCUCAAUCUCCAGGUCUAGGACGGUGUUAUCAAACACAGAUAUCAAGAAAAAGAAUGAGUUGCAGGAAGAACAGCCGACAGUGACCCAUCCCCAACUUACUACAAUGACAAUGACAUUGUCAGUGCCACGACAGGGUUCGGCGCUGAAGGUGGCCCAACCGGAGUCAGACAGGAAGCCGUUACAAGUAGUGGCACCGACAUCGGUACAGACAAAUGUCUGUUGUGAGUGCGCUAAAUCUAUGGAGAUCAGGAAAAAGUCCCGAAAAGGAUGCUGCUGGUGAACAAUUUAAGAAAGAAAGGAGUAGACCAAUGAUGCACUGUUUAAUUGUAUGUCUGGUGCGAGACGGUCAAGAUUUAUUGCAUUGGUUCCCUAUAUUUUGAUGUAAAAAGUCCGUACAUUUCUUAUUUUCAUUCAAUUUCCUUUUGUUGUAUGCUCAAAAAAUACUCGUAAGUUUAUAAUCAUCAAUCGAAGUUUGUUUUGGAGUUGGAGGCUUAUGCCUUUUGCUGGGCAUAAGCCUCCUCUUUACCGUGCUAUUUGUUGUCCUAUGGGAGAAUUCUUCUUUCCUUCCAUACGAUUAUUUUUAAAAUGGUACAAACACAUCUUACAUAUAAUGAUAAAGUACCGUUUCUGAGAACAGAUCAGGGGCAUUAUAAUUUAUAUGACAACUUUUUGGUUAAAACUGCGUUAACUUCUCCUUUCAAUUCCGAAUUGCGACCUGAGUAUAAUUUCUACAUUCAUCCAUCGAGUAGUCAUAGCCUUCAAGAAAUUCGAUUGAGGCCUUGCGUUGGAGCUCACAGAAUAUCUAAAAUCUUAAUGAUAAAUAAUAAUAUACAGAAUAAUAGCUCCAAUCACACGAAUAUUGAAAGCACCAAUGAUUCACGGGUAAAAGCUAAAAUUAUUACUGCUACACAAAAAAAGGCUACCUCAGAAAAUAAAAAAGAACUUAAGUAUCAAGGUGGCCUCAAAAGAUGGAAACUUGGAAGACCCUGCAACGUUUGGCCCGAAUGUACAGACGCCAAUGGUUUCGCUUUCAUAAUCAAGAAGAAUUCUUCUCAAAAUUGUCCAGGAAUUUCGUUACAGGAAAAGCGACAAAACACCGUACAGAGAUCCAUAAACACUACUUGUUUUGCACUAAAAGUCGAAACAGUUGCUCAAAACACCUCCAAGCCCAUUAUAGAAAAAUGCCGCAUUGUUGCACCAAAAUCAACAAACACCAGUUGUGAACACGUAAAAAAUAUUAGUUGUGCAACAAAGAUCUCCAAAAAAGUAACAUUUGAUCUUAGCAAUAUCAAGUCUAAGAGUGAUGAGAAUUUCAUACCCAAUAAACUAAACUUGCGAAAAUGUAAACAUUCAAAGCGAGCUUUAAAAUGCAAUUAUGCGUUCGCUGUCAACAAAGCGAUCUUCAGUGAAUGUGGGCAACCACAUGAGGGACCAGCUGGUAUUCUCAGAAACCAAAACACACCUUGGGAUUUAAAGGUGAACUACGGAUGUUCAGACUUCAGGAAAAGAUUAAUGCUUGAGAUGCAGAGAGACGAGAUACGUAACACGUUAGGUUUCCCAUUGAAGGACAGUAAUGAAAAUUACAACAUGUAUCCGUUUGUCUAUGAUAAUCAAGCCUUUUAAACGUUACUCAUUGUGUAUUACAUAUGACGAUAAACAAAGAGUUCCACCUCAAUUACUGGCAGUAUUGUUCUCGAUUAUAUGCCUUAAGAAUGUUACCGUUACUACAAAAAAAUUCGUAAUGACUAAUUAGCUGGAUUUUUAUAAGUCGAUCAGA